UCCUGCAGUCGUCCCACGAACGUUGGCGCAAUUGGUCGACAAGAAUCGGUUCGCGAAUAAAAUGACUGGCAGGCCCCUCGCCCACUCUCGCCUCCUGGGAAAAGCACUGGCAUAUUGAAGUGUAGAUAUAACUAACACACAAAAUUGGAAAUUUAGCAGUCUAGCAACUCGUGAAAAACCUGUGAAAUAUUAAGACAAGUGAUCGGCGACAGAACUAGCAUUGAAAUUAGUGUAAAAACUGUGAAAAUAACGGCUACAGAAUGCUGAAGCUAUUCAAAAAACCCAAAGAUAAAAUACCCAAGUCGGAGAUCAUAACCGAACCCAAAGAACCCAAAACGCCGCCGGUCUCCAAAUGCGGCAAGCCCCUGCAGCUGGACAACUCGCGCUGGGAGCGCCGCCUGCACAAAGAGCUUAUGUCCUUAAUUAAGGAGCCGCCGCCAGGCGUUACCGUUGACACCGAAAGCGUACAGCAAAAUUUAUCCGAAUGGAAAAUAAACAUUAAAGGUUUCGAGGGCACACUUUACGAGGGCGAGGACUUCCAGCUGCUGUUCAAAUUCAACAAUAAAUAUCCCUUUGACUCGCCAGAGGUGACCUUCAUCGGCAGCAAUAUACCCGUGCAUCCACAUGUCUACAGCAAUGGACACAUCUGCCUAUCCAUUCUGACCGAGGACUGGUCGCCGGCGCUGUCCGUGCAAUCCGUGUGCCUUAGCAUAGCUUCCAUGUUGAGCAGUUGCCGCGAAAAGAAGCGUCCGCCAGACAACACGCUCUACGUAAAGACCUGCAAUAAGAAUCCCAAAAAGACUAAAUGGUGGUACCAUGACGAUUCUGUUUAGUUGGAAAUGCAAUUUAUGACUACUGCCUGCUGAUGUUUGCUUUGCGCAUCCACCCACAAAAACACCAAUAACAAUACAGAAGUAGAACACGGCGAAGAAAGCCCAGAUUCCCCUGGAGCAGAAUCGCCAGACAGCCCAAGUGCACUCGGAUGCGAACGCAAAAUGCAACAAAGUGAAUCAAGUCAACGAGAAACCUAUCAGUAGUGUUUGGCAAACAAUCAUAGCGCAUGCAACCGAUUCUAAUUAUAGCUAUGUAUAAUCAACAAAAGGCGUGUGCGAAAAAACUAUUAUUAAAUGUUAACAUUUUAAUUAGAUUGUUAAGUCCAAAAUUUAUGUCUAAAUUAAAUGUUAUGCUACCAUCUAACUACUAGGCGUAUGCAAACCGACCGACGUGAACGUUUGAUAGUUCUGGCACUUAUCGCCAGUCGCCGCUUCCACAUUCCACCAGCAUCGUUUGAGGCAUCCUGCUCGGAAGUGUGAUGCAACCGGCAUAAUGACUCCUUCCCAGCUUAUUUUUAUUGUGUACAUUUAAUCAUCUUGGAUGCGAUGCGAAACUCAUGAGCUCAUAGUUAAGUUUACAACAUUUCAAAUGUAUUAGCAGCCAUAUCCCUGAAUUGCACUCAUUGUCACCAGUCCCGCACUAUGUAAUCUUUUCCCAUUAACCAUGCAUAGAUCGUUAAGUUAAUCAGUUCAUGUACUUGGCUAGGAUAGUCCAUCUGUGGCCAAAAUUUCGCAAGUACACCAUCGCAGAACACAUUUACCUCUUACUGUGCAAGUAGAACUUAGGAUGUGACGAGGUACUCGUCGGACUAGCAUACAAUUAAACUGUAAUCCGUGUACUGUAUAAAGAGCCCAAUUAAAUCCAAUGUAUGUUUAUCAAGCAUAUGUAACUAUGCCUAUAAACAUUUACUGUUAAAAAGUAUUUAAAAUAAAACCAAGUCUGUAAUCAAAGA